CACAUAAUUAUUGGAAUAAAUUAUCAUCACCAUGCAACAAGACAAUACUCCAUACGCUCAAUUCGACAACGUCCAACACGCUCAACCACAACAAUACUACACUCCACAACAGUAUCCACAAUAUAAUACUACCACUACUGCCACUCCACAAUAUGAUCCAUACGCUGAUCAACCACCAGUAGCUGCCACUUCUACCACUCAAACUUCACAAUAUUAUUCUGGAGGUUAUGUUCAACCACAUUAUGAUGAUCAAUAUCACAAAAAGAAGAAUGAUGACAUGACUUUAUUAUUAUUCAUUGUUGGACUUUUUAUUCCUCUUGUUUGGAUUGUUUUGUUCUUUAUUACAAGAGAUAAAACCAAGUACAGCAAUAGAGCUAGAACACUUGGUAAUGUUGGAUGUGGUUUGAUUGUUGCUUCAAUCAUUUGUUAUGCUGUCUUUAUUGUUAUCAUUGUUGCUGUCAAUAUUGCUAGAAUGGAUCCUUCAAUGCAAGUACCUCUUCAUCAACCAUUGCAAGAACAAGCUAAAUAUGCUGGAGAGGAGAAGUAUAAUUAUUAUUAUGAUCAACCUCCACCUUAUUAUACAACAACAACACCUCAAUAUCCAAUACCUCCUCAAAUGCCAAUGACUAAUACUGCAAUGCCAAUAUCAAGUGAAAAUUAUUAUCCACCUCAAAAUGGAGGUUAUGUUGUUCAACAAUAUCCUGGACAAACAACCACUCAACAAACAACAACCUUUGUUUCUAACCCUGUACUGGGUGAUAAUUUUGAUUUGAAGAAAAAGAAUGAUGAUAUGGCCUUUGUAAUCUUCCUGAUCGGAUUUUGCUUUCCAAUUAUUUGGCUUAUUCUCUUUGCAAUGACUAGAAAUCGUAUGAAUUACAGUGAUAGAGGAAGAAGAUUUGGAAAUAUUGGUGGAGGAUUAUUUGCAUGUUUCGUGGUGUUGGACAUUGCUGUUGUAAUUUUAAUUGUAGUAUUGAAUAAUGUUGUAGUAAGGCGUUAUUACUAG